AUGUGUUUGGUUGGUUUGAGGGUAUUUUUUUUAGUGGCGUUUGGUCACCUCGUUGGCGCCUCAGUGUGGUUGAACUGCAGUAGUGCAAGACGUAGACGGCGCUCUGCAUAGGAGCUGUCCAGCAGCCCGGUGCUGAAACUUGCCCUGCUUUGUACCGCGGGACGCGACUCAGUGCUAACGUCAACCAGAGCCUUGUGGAUUCAAAUGCGUCAGUGCAAGGACAAAGGGCUGCAGACCGGGAAAGAGAUAAACAAGUACGUGGUGCGAACGAAGGGGGGAACGAGAGACUGAGUAAGGCGUGGAGAAGUGCUCACUCUCUCAGCACUAUGUCCUGGUCGCUGGACUUGGUGCCGCUUCCCCCAUGUGUGCUGCUGGGUGGUCCCCCCUUUAGUGGGCUGCUCUGGACCGUCCUCCUUCUCUUCCUCUGGUACUGCUACCGUGUGGGUUCUGACCCGCCCUCCCACCCUGGAAUGCUCAAAAACAGCUCCUCCCGGUCCACAUUCUCUCGGUCAUCCAGUCGGUCCCCUGUCGACCCCGGACACUCUGCCCCCAAAGCAUCAGCAGCAAUCACCUUGGAGAUGGUGGAGGAAGAGGAGGGUACAGAGAGCUACCUGACGCCGGUGUGGAGCCAUGCUCCUUUCCCCAUAGAGGCUGCAGCAGGAAGCAGGAAGUUGUAUAGAGCACUACAGGAGUAUGCCAAGCGCUACAGUUGGGCCGGCAUGGGUCGUAUUCACAAGGGUCUCCGAAAUCAGGCCAGAAUAAAUGAUCGGCCCUCCAUACAGAAACCUCAUCUCUUCUACCUCCCAGAUGUUCCCAGCAUACCUUUCUUUCCCAGGGAUGCUCAUCGCCAUGAUAUUGAGGUUCUGGAGGCCACUUAUCCAAUUAUCCUUGCUGAGUUCCAGGCAGUUUACCAGAGGGGAAUUGAUACAAAACUAGGGUGGACCUACCAAGGAUCAAAGGGCCAGGCAGUAUUCCCGAUCUAUAACGCUGGAGUGUGUGUGGCCAGUAACUGCCGUGCAUGUCCGUAUACAUACCGAACCCUUCUGUCUCUCAGAACCUUCAUCAGUAGUAACUCUCUGGGGUCUGCUGGGUUCUGGCUCCUGGGCCCUGGGGCCACAAUGGGAGGGGCCUAUGGUCCUACAAAUACACGACUGCGCUGCCAUCUUGGUCUUCAGACUCCUUCUAAGUGUGAGCUGGUGGUGGGUGGAGAGCCUCAAUGUUGGUCAGAAGGACAUUGCCUCCUUGUGGAUGACUCUUUCCUGCACACCUUCUCACAUAAUGGAGGUGCUGAAGAUGGUUCUAGAGUUAUCUUCAGCGUGGAUCUCUGGCACCCUAAUGUGGCUGCUGCAGAGAGACAGGCUCUAGACUACAUCUUUGCCCCUGAGCAGUGAUUCAAACUACAUUUCCCAGGAUGCACUGGUCAAACCUUCCUCCCACAACCAAAUGCUAAAAUGAUGUUAAAAGUUUGCAAACCUUGUUUUAGAUGUGUUGAAAGGUUAGACUGGGAUUUUCCAUUCAUUUACCAUAUCAUUUCUGUUCAACAGAAACCUUAAAGGUGUAGUUCACCCAAAAAUGAAAAUUCUGUAAUCAUUUACUCAUUCUCGUAUUGUUCCAAACCUACAUGACUUUUCUUCCAUGGAACACAAAAAGAUGUUAGGCAGAAUGUUAGCCUUAGUGAACAUUCACUUGGAUUGCAUUUAUUUCCCAUACAAUGAAAGUGAAUGGUGACUGCGACACAACAUGAGGGUGAGCAAACAAGGACAGAACUUUCAUUUCUGGCUGAACUAUCCCUUUAAGCAAUUUGGACAAAGUGGUUCAGUCCACUUCAAUUCCACCCAAAAUACAGACGAGACAGCAUAUGGGCUAUGAACACUGUCCUGAGCACAUAUACAGAUACUGUGAUGACACUCGAACAAAAUUGUUUAAUUUCACAUCUAUCUUUGAUCUGUGCCUGUCUUGAUAAUCCCGCGCUCCUGUUCUAUCGUUUCUGUGCCUGAUUUCUUCUAUUCCUCUUCUGACCUCGCUAAUGUAUACUGUGAUAUAUCGUUCUCCGUAAAUACUGUACUUUUGCACAGCCUGAUCUCAUAAAAAUAACAUGAUUGUGGGAAGAGGAUAUUUUUGAAAAAUUAUGUGAUGUGCUUCCUUACACUUAUCAUGGCAGAUUCAAAGGUGAAAUGUCCACUGUGUGGUGCUGAAAGCAAAAAUGGAUUUAAGUUUAAUAGCUUAUCAAGUACCUCCCUACCCUAAACCUUUAACCUAAAUAAUAGUGUCAUAAAAGAAAAGAUGACAUGACUCGAACAAGCUUGCAAAUAAAACUGGUUUUAUAAAGAACAUGUUAAAAUGUAUCGCCUUAUAAGUCACUAUAGUAAAAGUGUUUUGAUAUUAUAAGAUAGAGUUAUGUGAGGAACAGGGCGAAAAGUAUGUGUUUAUGAAUUGAAAAUUUGCCAUUUUACUCGUGAUUUGAGUGAAAGGAUAUAAAAGUAAUUGUUGUUGUGGUGCCUCCAAUUGUCAUUUCACCAGGAAACUGCCAUGAUACAUACAAUGAACCAUGUUAAAAUGUUUGCAAAAAUGUAGGCAUUGAAGUGACGUGAUUCUAUGAGACCAAGUGUAAUUCACAACUAUGCUAUAAAUCAUGUUUUUAUUACAUCACAUGGUGAUUUAUUUUCAGACCUGUGAAGCACACAGUGAACACAAUACACUGUAUAUGACCGGACUACUUGCAUGCAACAUGAAAAUUUCAAUUGUAUAGCCAACGAUGCAUUUGAUGACUGUCCUGCAAAUCAAGUAUGUAAUUGACUCAACUGUGUUCAGUUCUAAAUAAAAUGUUUUG